UACAGGAAGUGCUGGUAGUGAUUGAUGCUAGCUGACAUUGACUGACUGCUGUUGGUGCUGCUGAACCCAAACAACACUUUCUCUCUUAUCAAUCACUAGUAUUCACUUCUUCUGUCUUUAAUAUAUCACAACAUCUGGGCUCGGCUGACUCGAAAGCACAGCUAUGUGCAGCUGUGUGCGGAGCUCCAGGGCUCUGUCCCCUGUGCUGCUCCCCAGGCUGCUGCUGCUUCCUCAGACGGGGUACAGAUUGGCCGGCAGAGGACUCUGGACCUCCCCGCACUGUAUGGCUGUCAGUGGAGACUCCCCACUCCCACUGCCCAGCCAGGCCCGUGUGGUGAUCUGUGGAGGAGGUAUUGUGGGAACAUCAGUAGCCUUCCACCUUGCCAAACUGGGCUGGACUGAUAUAGUGCUGCUGGAGCAGGGCAGACUUGGUGCAGGAACAACCAGACUGUGUGCUGGCAUCGUCAGCGUGGCAAAGCCUAUUUCCAUUGAGUGUCAAAUGGCGAACUACUCCAAUAGUCUUUAUCAGCAGCUGGAGGAACAGACGGGGGUUAAAACAGGUUAUGUGAAGACAGGGUCUCUGUGUCUGGCCCAAAAUCAGGAUCGUUUCCUCUCUCUGAAGCGCCUGGCAUCCCGACUAAAGGUAAUGGGGAUCAGCUGUAACAUCAUUAAGCCUAAAGAGGUGGCCAAACUCCACCCUCUUAUUAACAUUCAUGACCUGGUGGGGGCGCUCCACCUCCCUGCAGACGCUGUGGUGUCUCCGCCUGAUGUUAACCACGCCCUGGCUGUGGCUGCCGCUGGACAAGGGGUUAAGAUCCUGGAUAGAACAACUGUACAGCAGGUUCUGGUAGAGAAGGGUCAGGUGACGGCGGUGGAGACUGAUCGUGGCUCCAUCGAGUGUGAAUAUUUUGUCAACUGUGCUGGACAGUGGGCUUACGAGCUGGGCCAGGCUAGUGAGACGAAGGUGUCGAUUCCUCUUCAUGGCUGUGAACACUUCUACCUCCUCACCAAACCUCUCCAGGAGUCACUUCCACCGAGCACGCCAGUGGUGCUCGAUAUGGACGGCAGGAUAUAUGUACGGCCGUGGCAGGGAGGCCUUCUGUCGGGGGGAUUUGAGAAGAACCCCAAACCCAUCUUCACUGAGGGCCGCAACCAGCUGGAGAUCCAGAACAUGCAGGAGGACUGGGACCACUUUGAGCCGAUGCUCAGUGCCUUGCUGAGGAGAAUGCCGAGUCUUGAAUCAGCUGAGAUCCAUCAGCUGGUCAACUGUCCGGAGUCCUUCACCCCUGAUAUGCGCUGCCUGAUGGGGGAGACGCCGGGUGUCUCUGGCUACUACGUGCUGGCAGGGAUGAACUCCUCUGGCCUGGCUUUUGCUGGAGGAGCUGGCAAGUACCUGGCAGAGUGGAUGACCUACGGCUACCCCAGUGCCAACGUCUGGCCACUGGACAUCAAACGGUUUGGCAACCUGCAGAGCAGCCGGACCUUCCUGCGACACAGAGUAAUGGAGGUCAUGCCCCUGAUCUACGAACUAAAGGUUCCUCGCUGGGACUUUCAGACUGGGCGCCAGCUGCGGACCAGCCCUCUGUAUGACCGCCUGGACACCCAGGGAGCUCGCUGGAUGGAGAAACACGGUUUUGAAAGGCCCAAAUACUUUGUUCCUCAUGGAAAAGAUUUGCUGUCUCUGGACCAGAGUAAGACCUUCUACAAGCCGGACUGGUUUGACAUCGUUGGAGAAGAAGUGAAAUGCUGCAAAGAGGCCGUCUGUGUCAUCGACAUGUCCUCCUUCACCAAGUUUGAACUGACUUCAACGAAUGACCAGGCCCUGGACUUGCUGCAACAUCUGUGUGCCAACGACCUGGAUGUUCCCGUCGGACAUAUCGUCCACACCGGCAUGCUGAAUGAGAGGGGAGGCUACGAGAACGACUGCAGCGUGGUCCGCACCAGCAAGAACAGCUUCUUCAUCGUCUCUCCAACAGACCAGCAGGUCCACUGUUGGUCCUGGAUAAAGAAACACAUGCCCAAUGACCCACACCUCCACCUAGAGGAUGUCAGCUGGAAGUACACCGCUUUAAAUCUGAUUGGACCUCGAGCAAUGGAUGUUCUGGCCGAGCUGUCAUAUGUUUCCAUGACACCUGACCAUUUCCCCUCCAUGUUCUGUAAGGAGAUGAGUGUCGGCUAUGCCAAUGGGAUCAGAGUGAUGAGUAUGACUCACACUGGAGAACCGGGUUUCAUGCUCUACAUACCUAUAGAGUAUGCACUGCACGUGUACAACGAGGUGAUUUCAGUGGGUCAGAAGUACGGGAUUCGUAACGCAGGCUACUACGCACUGCGCAGCCUCCGCAUCGAGAAAUUCUUUGCCUUCUGGGGUCAGGACCUCGACACCUUCACCACCCCGCUGGAGUGUGGACGAGAGUUUAGGGUCAAGUUUGACAAGGACACAGACUUCCUCGGUCGCGAGGCCCUGCUGCAGCAGCGUCAGGACGGCGCGUCUCGGCGUUUCGUCAUGCUGGUUCUAGAGGACCACGACACCGAGCUGGACCUGUGGCCGUGGUGGGGCGAGCCCGUCUACCGCAACGGCCAGCUAGCCGGGACGACCACCAGCAGCGCCUACAGCUACACUCUGGAGCGUCACGUCUGCCUCGGCUUUGUAUCCCCGCCGCCAGGCCCAGAGGGGCUUCCCACGCCCAUCACCCCGGACUUCAUCAACCGCGGGGACUACGAGGUGGACAUUGCCGGCCAGCGCUACCCAGCCAAAGCCAAACUCUACCCCUUCAGCUCCCUCUUCACCCAACAGAAACGUCGCAAGGAAGACAUGGAGUUGAGCAACCUCCAGGGGAAGUGAUGCAGAGUAGUAGACGCUCCUUCAGUCCUUCAGUCCACUCCUGCACUUACCUGGCAGUGCCAACCUGUCGUCCCUUUCCUAGCUCCUUAACCGAGGGCUGAUGCACAAUCACUCCUCAUCUCUCUAGUAUUUAACUUCCACGCUGCAUCUCCCUCUUUAAAAGUGCAAUAUUUAAGAGGCACCAAAUGCUCGAGCUGUAUCAAAUGCAGCAACACAACAACAAUACUCCUGUGUCGUCAAAGUCUGCAGUUGUUCUCCAGCCCUGCUCUGCUUCGCACUCAAACACGGUCCACGGUUUACUGGCAAAGUCUGCGCCCGCCGGUUAAGUGCCUUUGUCAAGGCAACAUCAACAAUAUGUGUUGAGGACUCUGUCACUUUGUUCACUUUAACCCAUCCAGAAGGGAUUUAGACCGACAAUCCUCUCCAGUAGUUUUUUCCAGUCACUGUGACGUUUCAACACGGCGCAAUCUGGAAGAGUCUGAAAGAAACGUCACUCGAUGCUGACGUGCACACGCCUACACAGUCGAUGCAGUUGUUGUCAUUUUACAAAUCGUAAAUUUGCUGCUGUAAAGAAUAUGAGUGAUGUGAUGUGGCCUAAUUCAGAUACUUUAUACUGUCCACUACUAUAUCAUCCCCACUACAUUAUCCUUCUCAGUCAGGGGAAAGAAUCAGGAAGCCUGAUAAUAAUCAUUAGUAAACCAUUGUUUACUCCUCUUCCAGUCCUGUUUGAAAGGCUUCCAAGGCUCCUGAAAGCUUAGAAAGUAAAACAAAAUUAGCUUUUCCUCCCUGAUUUUGUCGUUUAGUCUUCCAGCUGUCCUGGUGUUCUUCUGCUGUCUGUGUGUCGAGCUUGUGGUAAUGUACUUACGGUAAUAUAAUCCGCCCUGUUAUUUAUGUUUUGAGGUCGUUUUAAAGCGGCGUUGCUCUUUUGAUGUUUCAUUGAGGUGUUGUUGAAUGUGUGGCUGAGGUUCGGUGACCCAGAUGAGGGAAAGCAGAAUGGGGAAAGCUGCGACUGGAGCUGUAAUCCCAGACAUGUUGGUUGGAAUCCACAAUAUCUUACAUUGAUGAUUUGAUGUUUGCCUGAUCCAGAGUUAACAAUGUCUGUGUAAAGGAAGGUCUUCAUUGCGAUUUGAAAUAAAGCAAUGUAUUUUUGUAUAGCUAGGGUGUAUAAAAUCUCUAUUUUCAGUACCGCACCUUUUUUCUAGCCAAUCAGCUUUAAGUCAUAUCAGCCGUGUAUGAAUCAUCUAUCAGUUGUUUCAUUCUUGCAGUUGUCUCUUUUGUUAUUUCAAAUGCUUUCCAGAAUUAUUCUGUACAUGUACAUGUCAUUUGUCAGCAACAGCUUGAUGUUUUCCUCCAUGUGCACACCUUCAAAGUAAUUUGGUCCCUUUGCCCCCUUCAGAGGUCAAAAGUCAGGGAGAGCUACAGAUCAACCAGCCUGGAGCUGGUAGGGAUUCACUUCAGCCAAUCACAUCAUACCGGGCAAAUAGUCGACACUGGAGUGUGUGAGUACUGUGUGUUCCUUCUUGAUGUCAAAAGGCCCCGAACUGUAUGUUCCCCUGCUGGGAAUCUGAAAGCUAGCCUGACUGGCUAAAUAGUUGAGCUAAAACCAGCACGGGUGCUUCUCAGCUCCGAUAUGCUGCUUCCUGAUAUCGCCAUAUUUAAAUUUGGAUGCAGAUUGUUUUUCUCGAUCUUAUUUCCAGCAUUUAGUAAUCAAGUGUGCUGGAGGAGGGUAGCACAUGCUAAAAUGAAAGGGAAUAUUUAAACAGAAGGAUAACAACUCCCA